ACAGUGUACGAUUGACUUUCGUCCGCGCAAUGCCAGAAUGCCUGUGUUUUCUGUGUGUCAUAAAUGUAUUAUCAUCACGCUGCUGUUGCUGUGGUUUACAAAUUAUUCGAUUGAAGGUAUACCAAUAAGUAACGGAUUUAGUCUUAAAUUCAAUCCUAUAUCCCACAAGGAACCAAUUAAGCCAAGAUCAUUUGGUGCACUAUUUGCGAAAAUACCACAAGAACUACCAAGUUCCGCAAGUAAUCAGGACCUGUCAGAGGCUGUUUUCGGGCAUCCAGCUAAUUUGGCUGAUGGAUGUACAAACCAGGUUGCAAAAAUGGUAUAUCCAAAAAGUGUUACCAACAAAUAUAUCAACGAAACACAAACCCCGGAGACUGUAAAUUUUAUAAACUUACCUAUUAUAAGUCAACAUGCGGAAUCGUAUAAUGUAUUAGUGGCAACUGCCCCUAAAAAUAUCAGAAUAGGCCAAAGAAGGGACGCUCUGCCAACAGUGCUUUAUGUCGUUUUCCCAGGGGAUGGUGAAUCAAAUGAAACUAGUAAUAUGAAUUUACCAGCUAUAUACUUUGUAAAUAAGGAUGACGAUAAAAGUGAUGUUACGAAAAUAGAAAAACUUGAACCGAUAUUUAUAAUAGAUAGUAAUCGUACAGUAACUGGCCUUAAGAGUAAAGAAGUGUCCAAAUUUGUUAGAUUUAAAAAUAAGUUGCGAAAUCUUUACGAUAAUACAACGCCUCACAAUUAAUUAUAACUUUAAAU